CGUUAUGCUAAUGUUGUUGAUAUUCUGGGCAGGGAGUUGAAUUUCUUUCUCUGCCUAAGUGAGAGGCUGAACUUUCCAGGCCACCUCCUGUCCCAGCCGGGCCCUGCCCCUCGGAGGGGAGGGGGGAGAGAAGAAAGGGGCUGAGCAGAGAGGAGGGGGGGAGGGGGGAGAGCAGCAGGCAUCCCCUGCCCAUGAGGGCCUGAUGGAAAACACAAAGGACCUGACUGAGCAUUCUUCACGGUCAGAAAGGAAGAGACGUGACUCAUUCGGGAUGUUUGACGGUUAUGAUAGUUGUAGUGAGGACACUAGUAGCAGCUCAAGCUCUGAUGAGAGUGAAGAAGAAGUUGCUCCCUUACCAUCCAGUCUCCCCAUUAUCAAGAAUAAUGGCCAGGUCUAUACUUAUCCAGAUGGUAAAUCUGGCAUGGCUACCUGUGAGAUGUGUGGGAUGGUCGGUGUCCGAGAUGCUUUUUACUCUAAGACAAAGCGUUUCUGUAGUGUUUCGUGCUCCAGAAGUUAUUCAUCAAACUCCAAGAAGGCCAGCAUUCUGGCCAGACUUCAGGUAACGGGUAAACCUCCAACUAAAAAGGCUAAAGUUCUGCAGAAACAACCUUUAGUGGCUAAACUAGCAGCAUAUGCUCAGUACCAAGCUACAUUGCAGAACCAAGUGAAGACUAAAACAGCAGCUGUCCCUGUGGAAGGUUUCAGUUGGGGUAACUACAUUACUAGCAAUAAUUUAACAGCAGCUCCUGUUACCUGUUUUAAACAUGCACCCAUGGGGACAUGCUGGGGUGAUAUCUCGGAAGGAGUGCGAGUGGAAGUUCCAAACACAGACUGCAGCCUACCUACCAAAGUCUUCUGGAUAGCUGGAAUUGUGAAAUUAGCAGGCUACAAUGCUUUGCUGAGAUAUGAAGGGUUUGAAAACGAUUCAAGUGUUGACUUCUGGUGCAACGUGUGUGGGUCUGACAUCCACCCAGUUGGUUGGUGUGCAGCUAGUGGGAAGCCUCUAGUCCCACCUAGAACAAUCCAACACAAAUACACAAACUGGAAAGCUUUUCUCGUGAAGCGACUUACUGGUGCCAAAACUCUUCCUCCUGACUUUUCUCAGAAGGUGUCAGAAAGUAUGCAGUAUCCUUUCAAACCUUCCAUGAGAGUAGAAGUUGUUGACAAAACGCAUCUCUGUCGAACACGGGUAGCAGUUGUAGACAGUGUAAUUGGAGGACGAUUAAGAUUGGUAUAUGAAGAAAGUGAAGACAAAACGGAUGAUUUCUGGUGCCAUAUGUACAGCCCACUCAUUCAUCACAUUGGUUGGUCCCGAAGUAUAGGACAUCGGUUCAAAAGAUCUGAUAUUACAAAGAAACAGGACGGACAUUAUGAUGCACCCCCACAUUUAUUUGCAAAGGUAAAAGAAGUAGAUCCAAGUGGAGAAUGGUUCAAGGAAGGCAUGAAAUUGGAAGCUAUUGAUCCCUUAAACCUGUCUGCAAUAUGUGUUGCAACCAUUAGGAAGGUGUUAGCAGAUGGAUAUCUAAUGAUCGGGAUUGAUGGCUCAGAAGCAGCAGACGGAUCUGACUGGUUUUGUUACCAUGCCACCUCCCCUUCUAUUUUCCCUGUUGGUUUCUGUGAAAUUAAUGCGAUUGAGCUAACUCCACCCAGAGGUUAUGCAAAACUCCCUUUCAAAUGGUUUGACUACCUCAGGGAAACUGACUCUAUAGCAGCACCUGUAAAACUCUUCAAUAAGGAAGUUCCAAACCAUGGGUUUCACAUUCGAAUGAAACUGGAGGCUGUAGAUCUUAUGGAACCGCGCCUUGUAUGUGUGGCCACAGUAACCCGCAUCAUCCAUCGUCUAUUGAGGAUACAUUUUGAUGGCUGGGAAGAAGAAUAUGACCAGUGGGUGGAUUGCGAGUCCCCUGACCUCUAUCCUGUAGGGUGGUGCCAAUUAACUGGAUAUCAACUACAGCCUCCUGCACCACAAACAAGAGAUAGCCAGUCAAGUUCAUCAAAGCAAAAGAAAAAGGCUAAGUCACAACAGUACAAAGGACACAAGAAAAUGACUUCACUGCAGCUGAAAGAGGAGUUGCUAGAUGGAGAGGAGUAUAACUUUCUUCAAGGAGCAUCUGAUCAGGAAAGCAAUGGGUCUGCCAGCUACUACAUCAAACAAGAACCAUAAGGCAGCUCAAAAAUGUGAGGGGCAGGGUGGUGAUAGUAGAGAAAAGAGCCUUUCUCCAAGACUGACUGACUGAUUGUGUUCCCAUUUCGAUGGUACAGUUGCAGAGCUGUACUUGGGGCACUUUGCUAACUGUAGAUGAAACUUCAGUUGAAAAAUUUUUGGAGGGGCGGGGAAACUAUUUUAGUGAAAAAAUUUUACAGUUUAUUAAACAAAAAAUGACAUUUUUGUGUUGUAUUUGAAGCUUUUGAAAGAAUUUUGUAAUAUUUUCAAAUUCAGAUUUAUUGUGCAUUCUUAAACUGAAAUUCUAAUUUUUUGGUAAAAUUAAAGUUUAAUUAGCAGGAUUGCAGGAAACUGUUUGAGGAGGAUAUAGUUGCAAAUACAAAUGAACUGUCAUUACAAAUGAACCUUGUUGGUACAAGUUGGGAGAUUUUGGAUUUUUGUGAGCUGUAUGAGUCACACCUCUGGUUUUUCAUUGUGAAAAUACUGAACUGAAGUCCUGACUUUGGGGCAUAAAAACAUAUACAUGAUUUAAGGGGACCAGCCCUGCCAAGCCUUACUUGUGUGAGUAGCCCAAUUUCAAUGGGGGCGCUUUCAUGAGGUGUGAUACUAACUUUUCAAGAUGGUUACUCAUUUAGGGCCUGAUUCAACGCCCAUUCACUUCAGUGGGUCUUGGAUUGGGCCCUUAAUCUUGGGAUGCUCAAGUAAAUGUUUACAGAGCCCUGUGUUAAACUGGAACUUCAGCAGAUUCUCUCGUGGAAAAUUACAUGAAAACUAAGUGUUUAAACUAGAAAUACAGGACCUUUUCCUGUUUUAUGUUUGGAUGGAAAACAUGUUUGGGGGAGGAGGGAAUCUGAGGACCUUUUCUCUAGUUUUAUUCCCCAGAAAAAUCUAGACUCCUGCUUUCCAUCUCUACAAAUACUUGUGUAUGUUGGUCUCCUCAAGAGAUGUACCAGAUGAACUAGAAAAAUACUUACUAUGAAAGCAAAAAUUUACUCUCAGUUCUGUAGAGCUUUUAAUAUUCUGCUCUCCAAGAAUAUAACAAUGGAGUUGGGAUCUGAAAAAAAUAUUUUUCUUUUUAGUAAAUUGGACUCAUUUGGUUCUAGAAGACUGGAAUCCUUCCAGUCUCACUUUAAUCAUCCCAUUAUUUUUGACUCUUUAACUGAACAGAUAUUUUUAGACCUAUUCUCAGGAGAUUAUAGUGACAAACAUCAACAUAUGAGGAUUUUUAAUAAGUGCUGAAUAAUUUAAUCCCCUCUCCCAUUUUUAAAUCCAUGUGGAUUUUGGCAGGUGGCCUAAUUCUUGGCGUUGAUUAGCAGCCUGAUUUUUUUUUUUCCACCCUGCAGAGUUGUGACUGGAAGAACGGGAAUCGAGAGCUUUAGCUUUUACCAGUAAGGUUCAUUAACUAAACUCUCAGGAAUAAACUGCAUAAUGUUCUAUAAGUGCUUCUGGGUCUUUGCAGGUCCCCUUCAGAGCAGUACAAUGAUCAUCUGACUCUUGACCCAAACAGUAGGGCUUAGAAGAAAUUAAUCAAAAUUAUUAACUUGUAUGGUCCUUCAGCCUAAGAAAUGCUUUAACGAUAUCAGCCCACAGAGCCCCAGGAUACCAUUGUUUGGUAUAUUAUUGUUUGAACUUU